AAAGCCUCUGGGAUUGUUUGGGUUCCUUAAUCCAGUCGAAAGAAGGGGGCAGGACUUUGAGCUGCCCUUAAUCGCUUUUCCCUUUGCCAAACAUCCCAGCGGUAAGAGCAACGCUGGGCAGAGUGCGAGAGGAGAAAAAGCUGGCUUGCAAUAGCCCCCAGCCCCUCUGCCUGUGCCCUGAGGAAGUGCCAGAGUGCUGGAAGGGCCGUGCAGGAAGGAUUGGCAGAGCUGAUCUGAGUUCUCUCCCCCCGUCCCUGCAAGCUCAGCCUCCUCCUUCUUGAUCCCAGCUAAACCUGGGCUUUAUUCUGACCAGGCCUGGCACUGGGCCACUACACUUCUCACAAGUCCCUGUGCCAAGGGGGCUUCUCUUUUUUUCUCAAUGAGAGAUCCUUGAGCGUCGAGCACGUCGGGGGGAUCGGCUGAGUUCCAGAAGGAUCAAGGGCUCUGCGUGAGCUCAGAAGCUCUGGCCCCACAGACGGACACGAUGAGCACGCAGCAGCUCAGCUGGAUGAGAUGCCUGCCAGCUGCCCUGUGGCUGUGCUGCCUGCUGCCUGAGGGGAGUUGCACCUGGAGCCUGGCAGGACUCCAGUACGCCAACCGAAGGAACUGGUGCUCGUACAUAGUCACAAGGACAGUUUCCUGCCAUGUCCAGAAUGGCACCUUCCUGCAGAGGGUGUUCCAAGGCUGCCGCUGGCCUGGGGGCUGCAACGGAGGCAGCUACAGAGCCAUCGUGAGACCAGCGUACAAGGUGGCCUACAAGACGGUCACGGCUCUGGAGUGGAAGUGCUGUCCAGGCCACUCGGGGGUCAGCUGCGAAGAAGAGACCAUCAGCUAUGUUGCCCCACAGGAAGCCGGCCGUCCCAGUGCCCCCCUGCGCAGGCUCCCCCUCCGACCAGCAUCCUACUCAGGGUGUUUGAAUUGCAGCAAAGUGGUGGAACUGACGACGCGUCUCAACAGCUUGGAAGCCCAGGUGGCAUUGCUGUCAGCAGCCGAGUCUGCAACCUCCUCAGUACCCAACAGACACCUCGUAACCAAGGGGGCUGCCCCCUCAGAUUCCUACCAGCUCUGGAGGUCUCCAUCCACCCAUGGGAGUCCUGGGGAUGAAGGUGUGAAAGGGAACACAGGAGUGGGAGAGACGCUGCAGGGUGCCGGUCCCGGACGGGAUGGGAAACCAGGGCCCCAAGGACCCCCAGGCCCAUCGGGUCCCAAGGGAGAUGCUGGGAGCCAGGGGCCAUCAGGAGUCCCUGGAGCCAAGGGUCCCGCUGGACCACCAGGCCCCCCAGGUCUGCCAGGGCGGGAUGGUGCAGGGGGCAUCCCCGGAGAGAAGGGAUUUCCGGGCCUUCCAGGGCCCCCGGGACCCCCAGGACCCCCUGCCCCAGUGGGGCCUACAAUAUCCCGCAUCGCUGACCCAAGGGACCCGCUUCUGUCAAACACCUUCACCGAAUCUGGCAGCGUUGGCACCAUGGGGCCUGCAGGACCCCCAGGGCCUUCAGGGCCAAUGGGUCCUCUGGGCCCCCCGGGGCCAGUCGGGCUGCCAGGCCCUCCGGGGCACGAUGGUUUACCCGGAGCGCCAGGUGCUGACGGAGCCACUGGUCCCCCAGGGGAGAAAGGAGACAGAGGGAAGCCAGGUCCAAAAGGAGAACAGGGGGAGAAGGGCACCUGGGCCAUUAGCUUACAAUCCUUCCUACAGCAGCAGGCCCAGCUGGAGCUCCUGGCUAGAAGGGUCACCUUGCUGGAAGCCAUCAUCUGGCCAGAGCCAGAGCCGGGUUCAGGUGCCGAACCCUUCCCCACUAGUGCCCCCAGCUUCCACCGGGGCAAGCGCAACAGGCUGGCAGUCUACAGAAUCAGCCCACACCAGCUGGCACAGAAGGCAGAGGACGAGAACAAGUGAAGAAGGGGCAGCCCACCCUGAGCGGGGGGCAUCUCCCAAAGCAUGAAGGCCCCUUUGGGUACGCCCCCCCCCCACGUCGUUCUGGACUGUGGCAUGAAGAAACGCUCGAGGCGCCUUCCCAGGCCGUGGCGCUGGCUGGCGUGAUGUCGUAUUUAUUUGUGCUCUCAUUCUAAAGAGGCCUGUACCCAGAGCUAUGUGUGUACUAACUGACCCCCUGCUGGCUCCAGGACACCCCCCUCCCCGUGCUCCCCUCAUUGUACUGCAGGGGGCACUCGUAAUCUCUUGGUGCUAUUGUGUGGGAUGUCUUCUAGAUGACCUUGGCCUGUAGCUCCCGGCCUGGCAAGGAUGGCACAGGGGGCUCCGUUCCCCCUCCUGCCCCCAAACUGCAGAGGGUUUAUCCUGGGCACAUGCCAGGAAUUCAGUCUUUGGCUCCCCCACUGAGGGGGUGCAGAGGAUGCUACCUUGGUCUUUCCUAGUCCCCAGGGAUUGGCUCAGCCCCAUAGAGCCAAGUUCUUGCCUUUUCACUUGUGAAUCCAGCCCCCGAGCAGGGGCAGCUGGCACCUGUAGCGCUGCCCAGCACUAGGCUCUCCACCAGUCCGUUACCUCAUUAUGGGUUUGGGCCCCGGCAGCCCCUGAGCAGCUCUGCCCGUACCACUGGACACUAGCACUAAUGUGGGGUGGCUCCAGCUGAACACUGAAAACCAGGCUGAGCCUGGGUGCAGCAUACACCUGCUCGAACCCUGCCGGGCUGGGCUCUGGCUGCCUGCUCUUGGCCACCCUGCUUAUCUCUGAUGGUCCAGACCUCUCUCAGGCCCAGGGGCUUCCACCAUCCAGCCCAUUCUUCCCCCAACCCAUGUGGAGAGCAGCCCAUAACCCAACAGCCAGGCCCCCACACCGGCUGCUGUGCUGGGAAGGUGUCUGCACACAGACGGGGAUGAUGCUAGAACCCACUGUGGCAGGGGCACCCUGCAGCUCAGGCAGUCUUGCUCCCAUGUGCCGGCUUCUUCCACCCCAAAGGCUUUACCUGGAGAACAGUUCUUCUGGGGCAGGCUCCAGCUGAGCCUCAGGCAUAUCCCCUUCCAGCAUCCCCAGCCCCACCCUGGACACCUUCCCCCAGGGAGGAGGGAUCUUCCACCUGGAGGCCAAAGUGUCAUCAAGGGCAGUCACCAUGGGCAUGGCUGAACACAGGCAGAGGCCAGGCCUCAGCUCCCUGCUCCAUCUCCUUGAUCAGCAUUCCCUCAGCUAACCAUGGCUGGGGAGGGCUCCAGGGGACACAUAACCAAAACCUACCUAGCAGCAGCACAGCCUUGCCCCACCUCCCACCAUCCUUCCCUGUGGGCCCUGAGACCCACUAACAACUGGGAGAGCUGCUGUAAAAUAGGAAGAAAGGAAAGGAGCAGGGAAGUCUGGGGCCAUUAGGGCGGAGGCCUGUCUGAAACCAGCAACCAGUGCAAUCCUGCCACCAACUGCACAAACGGCUGGGGAGGGAACCUGCCUUUGUAUUGUGUAUGCUCAUGAUCCCGGCCAAGUGGGGGACAAAUGGUCUAAAGGUCAUUAAAACGUGUCCCUAAGCUCCAGCGCCAUGGCAGUCUGGCUGUGCUUACAGAGCUGGGGGGAGAGCAGCGAGGCUGUGGGACUAGCACCACUGACAGGCAUCAGCUGCAGCCAGGAAGGAUGCUGGCUAGGGGCCUGGCGCUCCCAGUGCUCUGCAGCUCUGCCCUCACCCAGAGGCUGCACCAAGGGGAAGGACCUGAGGGAAACAAAUGACUGGCUGAGCCCAGCCACAGGCAAUGAGAGCAGCCAGCAGCCUCCCCAGGGUUUGGUGAAACUUUAUUUCUCUAGCAAAGAACAGUGACAGGUCACUUCCACGGGUCCACAGGUCAGCUCCCCAGGCAGGCACAUCCGGCUGGCCAGGCAGCAGGCACUUCUGCAGGGGCCCCUAGCAAUGGUGGCAGGGCUCGCUGGCUCAGAGCCUGUGGCAAGCCAGAGCAAGGCUGGAAAGUAGCUGCAGGGCCAUGAUGCUGGCAGUCUCCAGAUGGAUCCCAUGUAGCAUGGGAGCUGGUGGGUCCAGGAGCCAACCCUUGGUAAAGCCAGCCAGAGGGCAGGCAGAGAAAGCAGGUACCACCUUCAGGCAAUAAGAUGGGAGCUGGCAGGCACCUUUCCCUGGCUAGCCCUCCCCUCUGCUUUCCAGGGCAGUCGGCCUUUGGGGAGAUGUCACGGUUACGGACUGUGUACAAUUCCCAGACUGCUGGUGACAUAACUCCAUACCCCGAGGCCAUGGGACUGCCUGGGAUGACACAAUGUGUAGCAGAGUUUAGGCUCCAGAGAACACAAGCAUGGAUCUGGCCUGUUUUCUAGCAUCCCCUGCACCCAGCAGCAGCAUUAAAUCUGGAGUUCCCUGGGCUGUGUUCAUCUGUGCUGUCCCCAAUACUGGCCUCACCCCCCGCCCCAGCUAGUGACGAUCUGUCUACACUGGUGCUUUCUAACACCAGUCACUCAGUCACCAAUUAGCAAAUAUAUUUGCCCAUGCUAGCAUGGACGCUCCCUAAAUGUCAGUUCCAGGACAGCCUGAAUCCCAGCCUCAAUCAUAGAGGCUUGUGCCCUGGAAUAUUUGGGAGGCCCAGAAUGGCCAGUACUAACCUGGCUGCUAACUCAAGUUAAAAUUUAGCAUAGCCUUACCAAGAAAGGGAUGGAUCAGGCAGAAAACAAGAGGCCAGAGCCCGUGGGGGCUGGUACGAGGGGAGGGAUGGAGAAGGUAGGAGACACCAUGCUGCAAGUGACUCCUCUGCACAGCCCAAGCCAUGCCUCAGUCAUGCAACUGCUCUUCCUCCCUGCAGCACUCAGCUCAGCACCUGCCUCACCUGCUCCUGCUUCCUCAUCCCCAGGUGCUGGCUGGUGAGUCUUGCCCAUGCUCAGGGUUUAACUGAUUGCCAUACUUGGGGUCGGGAAGGCAUUUUACUCCAGGACAGAUUGGCAGAGGCCCUAGAGGUUUUUCACCUUCCUCUGCAGCAUGGGGCACGAGUCACUUGCAGC